GCGAGAAAAAAUACGGUCCGAAGUUGAAGCAUCAUAGAUUUUACUCAUAUUUCCGCAAUGAAACCACACUAACCUUCACAAAUAUUGAUAAAAUGGCAACUCCACACAGGGAGUACAGUACAACAAGAAAACUAGAUGAGGCCACACUACUAAAUUGUAAGAAACCACUGAAAAGGGGACGAAGGAAAACUAAAUUUUGUCAUAAGAAAAGGAAACAUUCAAGUUCAAGGUCACAAAAGCCAGUGAUAUAUGAGAAUGAGACCACACCAGUUGAAGAGACAACACUAGAUGAGACCAUAGUACCACUAAAUCAGCCAAAACCAAAGAAGAAACCACUGAAAAGAGGACGAAGGAAAACUAAAUUCUGUCAUAAGAAAAAGAAAUAUUCAAGUUGCAACAAUGAUCAUCAUGAUGAGUCCAUCUCUCCACCUCGGACUUCAACACCAAUACGUGCCAAAACAAAAAGACCGAGGCCCAGUCGUACUAUUACCCUGGAACAGCCCUCUGAUUACCUUCAGCUGCCAGCAAUCUCAAUUUCUCAAUCAUGUAGUGAGUCCUCUGACCUUGACAGUAGCUUUCUGAGCAUAGAACCUGAGGGUGGCUUGUGUGCAGAAUGGAAUACAUCGCAAAUGA